AUGGGCGCCCCAAGUGAUGUCGAUGUCGAGAACACAGUACGGGAUGUCGCUGUCGGCGACAGCAAAGUACUCAACUCAUCUGAAGCUCGCCAUGCUACGGAGGUUGAACAUCAGAUGACCUUCUUCGAGGCAGUGAAGUUGUAUCCCGGUGCUGUCGGAUGGUCCAUCUUCUUCUCGCUCGGUAUAAUCAUGACAGCUUUCGAUCCGCAGCUGCUCGGCAAUUUGUACGCCACUCCUUCUUUCCAGCGGGAUUUUGGAUAUCUUUUCAAGGGCGAUUAUAUCAUCAGUGCAGCGUGGCAAACUGGUCUCGGAAUGGGGAAUCCGAUCGGUCAGUGCGUAGGUGCUUUGGGAGCGGCGUAUCCUAUGGAGUGGUGGGGUCGGAAGAAGACCUUUGCUGGUUGUGUCAUUCUGACUGCAGGAUGCAUCUUCAUCCAGUUCUUCGCGCGGUCAUUGAAGGUUUUGCUUGCAGGGGAACUCCUUGGAGGUCUUAUCCUCGGAACGUACGCGACCAUUGCUCCCGCCUACGCCUCAGAAGUCUGUCCUAUCGCCCUGCGUGGUGUCCUCACUGCGUUCAUAAACCUCUGCUUCGUGAUGGGCCAACUUCUCGCGAACGGUGUUAUUGCCGGAACUUCUAAGCUCGACACUCACUGGGCUUACUCCGCACCUUUUGCAACUCAAUGGGUCUGGCCAUUGAUCAUUCUAAUUGGAAUGCCUUUCGCACCAGAGUCACCUUGGUGGUUGGUUCGAAAGGGUAGAUUCGAAGACGCGGAGAAGUCACUGCAGAAACUAUCUUCCAAAGGAAUGGAUGUGAAGCCAACUCUCGCUAUGAUCAUCGAGACUGACCGAUUGGAAGUUGAGAUGGAAACCGGGACUACCUACAUUGAUUGCUUCAGGAAAAUCAACUGGAGACGGACAGAGAUCUCAAUCGGUGUCUACACCAUUCAAGUCUUCAGCGGAAUUUACUUGGUCGGAUAUGCCACUUACUUCUUCCAACUGGCGGGUCUACCAGGUAGCAAAGCAUUUGACAUGGGUGUCGGAUACCUAGCUGUUGGUUUCUGUGGUACCGUCGCCUCCUGGUUCCUCAUCAACAAAGUCGGGCGUCGCCGUAUCUACUGCUGUGGUCUUGCCACUCUCGCAGUCAUGAUGUUUCUCAUUGCCAUAUUGGACUGCGCACCCAAUUAUGAGAACCGUCCAGGUGUAAUCUGGGCUCAGUCAACAAUUAUGGUUAUCUGGAACGGCAUUUACGACUUGACGAUCGGACCAGUGUGCUUUGUUCUCAUCUGCGAAGUCUCGGCUACGAAGGUUCGAGCAAGGACGAUUACUGUCGCCACAGCUGUGCAAGCUGUAUGUGGUAUCGCUAUGACAGUUGCUAUCCCGUAUAUGAUUAAUCCUGACGAGGCAAAUAUGCGCGGAAAGCUUGGCUUCUUCUUCGGUGGUCUGUCAACGAUUUCAUUCGUUUGGGCUUGGUUCCGUAUCCCUGAGACUAUGGGUCGUACGUACGAAGAGCUGGAUGUUAUGUUUGAGAAGAAGCUUAAGACUAGGGAGUUCAAGAAGUACCAGUUGUAG